GAGAAAUUUCUUUUACAAGGAUUUCACAUCUUCCUCCAACCAUUGAUGAUUAUAUGCUCCUAUUUUCAUUUUAUUUAUUCUUCUGCAUAUUAAAAUUUUAAGAGCCAUUAAUAUCGGUUGAAAACUGCUACAAAGCAGAUAUAGAUAUUUGUCUAUAUAAAAUAUGUGCAUCAGUGUAUGCAUAAUGACUGGUUUACAAUUGGUAAUUUAUAGUUUAUAGUUGUUGUUCUCCUUUUCACAUAAAAAAUAGUCAACCUUUUUCUAUAACCAUAGUUAUACUUGCAUGUGUGUUUUCCAUUUACCCCAAAAAAAAAAAAAAGAAAAAAAAAAGAAGAAGAAAGUAGUUAUUAUAAUUGAUCCUAGUGUGUUAAUUGCCAAUACUUUAAAUUUUAGUUUUAUUAUUAUUAUUAUUUUAUAUGUGAAUUUAUUUCUAACUUCAUACUAAGUUUAACUACAUGAUUAUAGGGAAUUAUUUAACUUUAUUUUACAAUAAUGACAAAAAUGAGUUAAAUGUAUAGGUGAAUUUUGGCCUUGGGAAUAAUGAGAUGAUUGCUUGCAUUUCCUCAUUAUAUUUUACGUUAUUUAUCUUUUAUUUAUAGUCAAAAGCUAUUAAAUUUUAUUUUAGUAUACUUAAUAUUUAAGGUUAUGGUAAUAAUUAUUUCAAAUGGCCUUUGUCAAAGAAUUCUAGAUAAGAGAAAAUGAGGAUGUUAAUUUUUGUGACAAUUACUGUUUUUAAUUUUCAUAACUGUACAAUUGUUUUUCUAAAAGGUGCAAUCAAAUCUUCUAUUUGUUGUUUUGCUUUGUCCCUCUGUUAUUGUCUUUGUCUUGUUGCUUGGGAUUUGGAUUUAUAAUUGUUGUGGGUAUUUUAUUUACGUUAUAUAUUUGUUGCUGUUUAGCUUUCCUUACCUAUAGUGCUGUUGCUUCUUAUUGUUUUCUUUAAUUUCAUUUGUCCUAGUGUUCUCAUUUUGCUCGAUAAAUAUUAUAAAAUUUUUAGGCCUUGCAUGUUCUUCCUCUUCUUUGAUUCUAAAAGAUUGUGUGUUAUUUAAUUGUGUUCCUAGUCAUUCUCUUAAAUCUUUGUGAAUAUUACUGUUGAUUUUAGUGGCCAUCUCUUGUGAACUUCGUACUUCUUUGAUCCAACAUAAACUUGUUUUGACUUCAUACACCAUCUUUUUCUUUUAUUGUUCUAUCGAAGUUUCUUGAUUCGGAUUUUCUUACUAUGAUGCGAUUGAUUCUCUUUUGGCAUGCUUCACUAUUUUUGUAUAUCCUUGUUUAGUUGCGAUCCUACACAUCUCCCCGAAUUCUUGUGAACACCAUCUGUGAUGUUUUCUCUUUUCUGCCAAAGUUUAGAAUCCUUUUAAGCAAACUCGUGUUUGUUUCAAUGUUACGUGCGAUUCUCAGAUAUAGCAAGCGAUACGUUAGUUCUUUAGGACACAGCUACCGAUGCGGAAGUUCAGAAAGUUGAAAUUCGAACACUUCACAUAAGACUGGUUGCUACCAUAGAUAUGUACUACAGAACCAAGAUUGUAUUUAGAAAAGAUUGACGAACGACGUGAAGAGGCUAUGUAUAUCUGAGUUGUCAAGGGAACGAGAGUAGGGAAAUGCCAAUGACAUCGUUUUAUCAUGAUCCUAUCUUGUAACUUUUGCACCUCGUUAUGUUGAUUUCUCAUGUUCGGUAAAGUGCUAAAACCAUGUAAAGUUUUGAAGAUUAUAUCAAUUUUCGAGGACGAAAAUUUUUAUAAGGAGGGUAGAAUGUAAAAUCCCUACAAUACCCCUUGUUCCUCUUUUUUUCAAACCAAACCCUAACCCUCUUCUAACACACUCACUCACCUCUCACUACCGCACACACUCUCACUCCCCUUACACCCUCUUCCUCACAGCACGCACACCCAGACUCUGACGGAAGAAAAGAAAGAAAGAAAAAGAAAAGAGAGAAAAGGGGAGACUGCGAGAAGAGAAUGGAGGAGGAAGGCGGGAGCUGUCCACGCCGAGCCACCAUGCGAGGAGAGAGAGAGAGAGAGUCGCACCUCAUCACCGCCGGCUUGGAGCACGCCGUUCGUGUCCCGUCGCGUCGCCGCCAGCCGCGUCCAGCUCGCUGCAGUCGCCAUCAGAGGCCAAAACCGAGAGAGGUGCGUCCGAGAGGAGGGACGAGUGCGAGAGAGGAGACGCGGAAGGACUGCCGCCGUUCUGCCUCGCCACCGUCGAACUGCUACAGUCGCCGCGCCUUGUCUCCGUCGCCGCUAAGCUUCAACCGCCGCCAUCUCUGUUGGGAGUCACCGUCAUUGCUGAAUGAAGAGGGAGAGUUUGAGUCGGCCAGUGAAGGGAGGAAGAAAGAGUCGCGAUGGAGGAGCCGUUCACCGUCGUCGCGUCUGCUGUUGCCAUCAACGGAGCUCGUCAUCAGGGGAGCAUCACCGAUGUCACUACUAAUGAACCGUCUCCGUCCCUGUUGUGAUCUUGCUCAGCCCUACACCCCUUCAUUCUUGUCUCUAAAUCAGCACAAUUUUUCCCCUGUUCUGACUCCAUGUAUGAAACUUGCUAUCAUGGAACAGUGGGAGCUGUUGAUGUUAUGAUUACAUCUGCGAUGUAGCCAUGGAAGUUGUUGCCACCGUCUCGAUCCAAAUUCUGCGCUCAUUCAUUUCAUUUUACUUCAAUCCUCCUCAUCUUGGAUUCUAGCACUCUGGGUUCGAUAUCUUCGGUCCCUUAGGACCAUGUUG